AUGGCCACAUCAUUCCACUCUCAAAGCCUGAACGGCACGAAAACACCAACAGCAGACACAAAUGAAGCUUCGAGACCGCGAAGAAAGAAGGCUAGAAGAGCUUGCUCUGCUUGUCAGAAAUCGCAUCAGACAUGUGGCAACGAGCGACCAUGUCAAUCCUGUGUGAAGCGCGGUUGUGCAGACUCUUGCCGCGACGGCGUGCGCAAGAAGCCAAAGUAUCUCGAGGAGGGCUCGUAUAGAGUCUUCACCAUACAGUACAACGUACCUUUUCGAAACAACUAUGCAUACACCCCAUUGAAUCACACAGUCCCAUGCAAAGAUAUCGGGGUUCAGUCCACGACACGGAGCCCAAUCUCGGAGCAAACGAUAUAUCCCUAUCAUGACUUCAAUCCGUGGACGAUCUGUGCAGAGGACCCCUUCAUCGGCCAGGAAUUGAGUGACGCUCAAAGUGAACUGGAAGAUCCUUUCCUCUUGGACUCUCCCCAGAGUGAUGCUAUAGACCAAGCACCACAGACGGAUACUCUGCUUGCGUUUGCAAUAGGAAGUGGGUGGUCCAGUACGUUUCUCCAGUCGGAUUACGAUGAUUCUGUAUAG